AUGUCUAUCCCUCAUGCACGUUUCUCCUUUGUACCGCUUAUCUUCUUCAUGCUUAUAUAUAUUCUUCAUGCAUAUUUCUUCUCCAAAUCUGUUCAGAUAACUGGAAUAACACUUCUUCUUCUUCCUCUUCAUGCGGAUAGUGUUUUGAUGGUGCGGUGCUGCAGUUGUUCACACGUUAUGGAAGCUGAUGUGGGCAGUCAUAAUAGUUUCCUGGGCAUUUUUUAUCCGAAUGACAGCUUGUAUGCCAAUGACGACCUUACUGAUCGGGAGAAUGAGACAUUCAAGUGGCUCGCUUCAGAAGAGUGCCGCUUUGCUUUUGCCGACCAUUGUUUAGUCUGCUAUCGUGUGAUGUUGAUUGUGUGGAAUGCGAAGGGUCCGCCGCUUGCGACACAAGGCGGAGAUGGAGAGUCGACUAGUGACGGUCAACUGAUAAUGUUAUAUAUGCAUGGUGUGGAACCAUGUGAAGAUGAUUACGACUUGUCUAAGAUAUCGCAAUGGAAAGUUGAGAGGACGGUUGAUGGUAAACUAUUCGAUGAUAUUGUAAUUGUCGAUGGCUGUGCAAGCUCCCUUAAUGGUGAUAAUUCUUCUAUCAAUGCUGCUCUCGAUGAUGAUCCUGACAACGACAAUGGUGGUGGUGGUUGUGGCGGUGACCAUUCACAGGAGAUCACAUCAGCUCGUGCUUAUUUUAUUAAAUUGAAUGAUGAUGAUGUGAUAUGGGAUAUACUAGAGGUAUUAGAAGGUUAUUGUUGA